UAUCAAAAUCGCAGCCGCACAAUUAUAAAAACACAAGCCAUCCAGUGUUAGGCAUCAGUUGUGUCUCUGGGGAUCAAUCCGACAAUACCAUCAGCAACAGCAGCAGAAGAGCAUCCGUAGCAGUACCAUGAAAUUUUUUAAGGCUUGUGUGGUCGGUUUGGCCCUGAUCAGUCAUUGUUUGGCCACUGAAACCACCAAGACAACCGACAAGAAAGCUAACAUCAAGAGGAGCUACGAAUUAGGAGGACUCUCUGGUUAUUCUGGACUCGGCGAAUCCUCAUAUGGAUCGUCGCUAGGAGGAUACGGUUUGGGUGUCCCGGCUUACUCUCCCGGAAUCGGUUCCGGAUACGGUCUAGGCUCUGGAUUAGGCCUCAGCUCUGGAUACGGUAUCGGCUCUGGAUUAGGCCUUAGCUCUGGAUACGGAUAUGGCGCUCCAGCAGGAAUCGGUUUAGCCGCUCCGGCUUACGCUGCCCCGGCCAUCUCAUCCGUGCCCACUAGAGUCAGCACCUCCAACCAUGUUGUCUCGGUGUCCGUGCCACAACCAUACGCCGUGCCAGUGACCCGUCACGUACCAGUGUCCGUACCCCACCCAGUGCCCGUCGAGGUCCCCAGAGCCGUUGCGGUCAGCGUACCUCACCCGGUCCCGGUUACCGUUAACCGACCUUACCCGGUGGACGUACCCCGUCCAGUACCGGUCAGCGUACCCCACCCGGUGCCAUACCAAGUUACCCGGGCAGUGCCAUACCCCGUAGCUCAACCGUACCCCGUGGAAGUCCGCCAACACGUGCCAUACUCCGUGCCGACUCCCGUCAUCGCACCGGUCCCGGCUCCGAUCGCCGUCGCAGCUCCAGCCGUCAGCUACGCCGCCCCAGCCAUCGCAGCUCCAGCUCCAGCCAUCGGCUACGCCGCUCCAGCCAUCGCCGCUCCCUUGUCCGGAUACUCAUCUUAUGGUUCGUCAUUGGGCGGUUUAUCCUAUGGAUCAUCGCUGGGCGACUAUUCUGGUUCUUCAUUGGGCGGUUACAGCAGCGGAUACGGCAGCGGUUACAGCAGCGGAUACGGCAGUGGAUACGGCAGCAGUUACGGUAGUGGAUACGGCAGCGGUACGGCUCUUCCAAAUACUCUCAUUACAAAUGAGCAGUCCCUCGACUCGUGGACGGUAUAGUCAAUUUUCUAUGAUGUUUUGUUUUAAAAGUUGUUAAAUGUUUUCAAACAUAAGUGUGUUAACACAUGCAUAAGUUGUUUAAUUUUAAGUAUUAAAUGUCUCAUACGUUAUACCAUCACUAUCUCAUAAAAUCAUGUUGCCAUUUUAUAUUAAAUCAAAAUAUAAAUCAUUUUGACUGAAAUAA